AUGAUGGAUGAAGCUUGGGAAAAGGGCCACUCCUUCACAUCCUCGGCAGAAGCCUUCGCCCAGAAUGCUAGAGUGUGGAACAGAAAUGUUUUCGGCCAUGUUACUAGGAGGAAAGAUAAUCUACUUCGCCGCAUUGAAGAACUAGAGCAGAAUGGUAAUGGGACUGGGAACUCCGCUCAGCUCCAGCAAGCUCAGGAGGAGCUCGAAUUAGUACUCUUUCAAGAAGAACUUCUCUGGUGUCAGAAAUCCAGGCUCGAGUGGAUUAGCUCGGGAGACAAGAACACGACAUAUUUCCACGCCAGGACCCUCAGGAGAAGGAGCAGGAACCGGGUGACUAUGCUGAAGGAUGAUGCGGGUAAUUGGAUCGAAGAUCAGGCCUUGCUCCUGGAAAUGGCACGAGUCUUCUUCAGCCAGCUAUACAUGGAUGGGGGGGGGGAUCCACCUGCCCUCCAGGGGAAUUUUCCAUCCCUCGAGCCCGCGAGGUGGCAACCGCUCGCCGCAACGCCGAAUAUGGAGGAAAUUCGCGGUGCUAUUCAGGCUAUGGGUCCUCUCAAGGCACCGGGGAAGGAUGGUCUCAACCCAAUCUUUUUCCAAAAAUGCUGGGAGACGGUUGGUCAGUCGCUUACGCAACUGGCCCUCGACUGCUGGGAUAAUCCGGAGAAGAUUAAAGAAGUGAACUCCACAAUUCUGGUCCUGAUCCCGAAGGUGAAGCAACCAACCACCAUCGAUCAAUUCAGGCCCAUCAGUUUGUGUAAUGUGGCCUAUAAAGUGGUUACCAAGUGUCUGGCAGAACGACUUAAGAAUUUAAUGCCAUCCCUGGUCCAUGAAACCCAGACUAGUUUUGUCCCUGGCCGACAUAUCACCGAUAACAUAUGCAUCUUGCAGGAAGUGAUACAUUCGAUGAGGGCUCGAAGGGGAAGGAGAGGUUGGAUGGUAUUGAAAGUGGAUCUAGCGAAGGCCUAUGACCGAAUAAGAUGGGGGUUUGUCAAAGAUACCUUAAUUGCUGCAGGGGCCCCCAUCAACUUCGUUGACCUGACCAUGGCGUGCAUAUCAUCGGCUUCCAUGCAAAUCCAAUGGAACAGGGGGCUAACGGAGCACUUUCAGCCUUCUAGAGGGCUCCGACAGGGGUGCCCUCUGUCCCCAUACUUGUUCACGUUCUGCAUGGAAAGGCUGGGGCACAUCAUUGAUGACGCUGUACGGGGGGGGGGGGGGGGGGGCAGAUGGAAACCGAUUCAGCUUUCGCAGGCAGGACCAGCACUCUCUCAUCUCUUCUUUGCGGAUGAUCUGAUCUUGUUUGGGGAGGCAUCCAGAGCCCAGGUGCAGGUGAUAAAUGACUGCUUCGAGCAGUUCGGGGCUUCGUCGGGACAGCAAGUCAGUAGGCCAAAGUCUCGAGUAUUUUUCUCAGCUAACACCACCACAGAAUGUCGGAAUAGCUUGAGUGAUGAGCUUCAGAUCCCGGUUACUCAGAAUUUGGGAAGAUACCUGGGUGUCCCGGUCAUUCAUGAUCGGGUGUCGAAGGCCACGUUCCAGCAACUAAUUGACAGGAUUGACACCCGCCUGGCAGGAUGGAAAGCGUCCACGCUAUCUCUAGCAGGACGGAUCACUCUCGCUCAGUCAGUGUUGGCCUCCCUCCCGGCCUAUACAAUGCAGACAACCUUCCUCCCCGCUAGUGUGAGGGAGUAUAUUGAUAGGAAGAUAAGAGCUUUUAUCUGGGGUAGCACCGACCAGGGCCGCAAAAUCCACCUUGUUGACUGGGAAACGCUUUGCAGACCGAAAGAUGAAGGGGGUCUGGGGCUGAGGGACUCUACCAGAACCAAUGAAGCCUACAUGCUGAAAAUUGCCUGGAGGAUGAUCACUAAACCAGACGAGCUAUGGGCCAGGGUCAUCCUCUCGAAGUACUCGAGGAAUACAACAGAUGGCAGGUACUUUAUCACCACUGGGCGGCUCUCGAACCUCUGGAGAGGAGUGCUGCGGGUGGCACAUUUAACGGAGGAGGCGACGGCGUGGAACGUGAGGAAUGGUCUCACAGCCAAGUUUUGGAGCGAUCGGUGGUUGGACGACACCACCACCCUCAAAGAUCACGUGCAGAACCUUCCCCCGGCGCUGCUCAACAUGCCUGUCGCCGACUUUGUGCUCAAUGGUAAGUGGAACAUGGAGUUUCUUCAAUACUACUUACCCCAGCCGCUUGUUUUGCAGGUUAUGCUCCAUCCUGUCCCGACGGAGGCGGAAGAUGACGUGCGGGUAUGGCGUUUCACCCCAAAUGGAGAAUUCACCUUGCGCACGACGUAUGAUCUGACGGACACCACGGCGGACCAAACUCCUGGCCAGCCUAUCUGGCGAUCGUUGUGGAGAACGCCGACUCUGCAGAGAAUCUGGGCAUUCCUUUGGCUGCUGAACCACGACCGGCUGCUGACGAAUGCAGAGAGAGGAAGGAGGCACCUAACGACCGACACCAGCUGCAGGAUCUGUGGAGGAGGCCCAGAAACGACGCUGCAUGUUCUCCGGGAUUGUCCCUACGCCCGAGCGACAUGGGCGGAACUACUAGGAGAGGAGCCUGAUUCUCGAUUCUUCGAGACAGAUAUACACAGGUGGGCUCUGUACUACAUUUCUGAUAAGAGUGAUAUCGUCGACAACACUUUUUUUGCAGGGACAUGUUGGCUACUGUGGAAGAAUCGGAAUGGCUACGUGUUCCGAGGGGAGCUGAAGACUCAUACACAAAUCCAGUUCCAAGCAAAACAGCUCCGAGACCAGACCAUUCAAGCACUCGAGAAGGAGAAUUUUUUUUUUCGGAGGAGGGAGGAUCCGAGAGCAGUGCCAAAUUGGCUGGCAACCACCGGCGCAGGACUGGGUCUGUGUCAAUACAGAUGGCUCAGUCACCUUCUCUCCUAA